AGAGAAACUUUGAAGACCAAGUCACGAGUAUGGAGGAGCAAGAGAAUCCUUUUUAUGAUCUUGCAUGACAUCUUGCCCUCCAAACCGUGCUUGAGGGCAUGAAUGGGAAGGAGAAGGAAGAGGUUGAAGAGGAGGAAGAAAACAUUGAAAAAGGGAAAGAUCUUGAUUGUUCCCAAAAGGAGGAAAGUGAAGAAGAAGGAAGGGAGGUUGAGGAAGAAGAAGAAGGAGCAAGUGGCAUCCAAGAUACGUACGAAGUCGAGGUGGAUGAAGCAUCCACGAGUUACAAGAGCUACCAAUGCCUUCCACCCAAACUCGAUGCACUUUUGGAGAAGGACCCGUUUGUGACUCUUUGCCAAACCAAGGCCAAACCAUCGACAAUCCCUCUUGGUGGAUGCGAUGGAAGUCAAUCGAUGAUGCAUUACAUGUUGUGCGGCAAAGAGAAGAAAGAAGAAGGAAAGAAGAAGUGGUCUCGUGGGUGGAGCCUCAUGAAAACUCAAGUUCACGAGCCCUCAAUCAUGGAUUCGUCCAAAGCUCGUGACUUGAGACACCACCUCACCGACGAGAACCUCAACUUCAAGGAGGUUCUUGGGUGGACCAAAACUUGAAGAGCAACCGUCCGACUUACGACGUUAAAGAAGCGCUUGGUGGGAGGCAACCCAACCAUCAACGAUUUUCAUCUCUUUUCCUUUCAAGAAGAUGACCAAUGGAGAGAUUUUGGUGGUGUUUUGCCGUCUCCUUGCUCAUCCGGAUCUCACCCACCCUCCACUCUCGAACACCAUCAUUCACCACUAUCUGGUAACAUUGUUCUACCCCUUAUUUUACGCCAUUGAGGGCAGUGUCGAGCUUAAGUGUGGGUGGGGGGUAGUCUAGUAUGCAUGUUUGUGUGAAUGAUUGGUGUGAUUUUGAAUGCUUGGAUCCUAGUUGUAUGCCCAAAAUUUUAAACUUUUAGGGCUCCAAUCAGAGUAACUUCUAUAUUUGCAUGAUCAUAGUGGCACCUUUGGUGAUUUGUUUUGAAUCUCGUGGUUAUUAGCAUUGUCUAUGGAUGAUUUGCUUGUUAUUAUGUGCAACCUAUCAUGAUGAUUGAGACAUGUAUUAGGUUUUUGCAUUGGUUCAUUUCUCAUGUGUUUGUGAACCGAUAGAUGUUUUGAAUCGAUUACUUGCUUUUCACAGUUUCCUAUGCAUCGAGUUUAGGGAAUUAGAAUGAAUGAUUGAGCACCUA